AUGUUCACAGCAGGGAUCUCAUGCCUUCCACCUGAGCUGGUUCUUAGGUGUGCUCAAUACAUGGACCUAGUAACCCUGUGUCAGUCCUCACAGACAUGCAAAGGUUUCACUAACACACUCCAAGAUGAGCAGAAAAAGGCCAAAGAACAUGUUGUCCCGCUCCACGAAAUCUACGACAGGUGCAUCAUCCUCCGGGAGCCGCCAGAGGAGGACGAUGAUGACGACGACGACUGCUACGAUAUCAAUGACAAGAGUACAUACGAGCCCUACCCCAACGAUUUCGACCACGAAUUCCUUCGCACAUACCCAACGCCCAAAAUAGAACUGGCUGCCAAAACCGGACGAGUCGGAGCCCUCAAGGACUUCCUGGACGCUGAGGUGGACCCGAACUCUCGCAGCCUGGUCAGCAUGCCCAUUUUCAACGUCGCUCUUUUGAAUAACCAGCUCGAGGCCGCGCAGCAGCUUCUAUCGUAUCAUGCUGACGCAUCACCUAGGAACAUGAUGUAUCCAUAUCAGUUCGGUGCGGUAUACUACUGUGCUAGAUCCUGCGACCCAGACCCGGAUCUUGCUCCGGAACAUAUGAUCUGUGAGCUGAUCAAAGCCGGGGCGAAGAUCAACAUGACAGACUUCCAGACCAUUUGCGAGAAGGAACAAGGCCGUAUGGAUAUCAUGAAGAUUCUCGAAGUGGCGGAGCAGCAGCAUGGACUGCCUAGUUACGUGGUCAGAUGCUCUCAAUGUGCAGAACUACAGGAUCGAACGGCGCUGCAUGUGGCUCUGGAAACUCUAAGCAAGAAUACUGGCCCCGCGAUGUGCUUGAUUAGCAAGGGCAUCGACGUCAGAGCCACCGAUGAUCUCGGCAAGCAGGGACUCUACCUUGCUAUUCAGUAUUAUGGACAUGAAGAUGUCGUGCGUCAGCAGCUAAGUAGGGCAGAGGUAAAGGUCAAUACUAACGACCUUCACCUGAGGGAACCGCUGGUUCUCGCCUGGCAAUUUGAGCAACUCAGGAUUGUGGAGUUGCUUCUCCGGGAUCCCAGGACACAUGCCCCCUCGAGUUUUGCGUGGUCCGCAGAGAGAUAUGCAAAGCAGACUGCGGCAUCUCAAAUCCUUGAGGACAUUGCGAAAUUGGUUAAGGAUCGGUCGCUCCGGUAA